AUGGAUUUUGCCACAAGGAGAUGGUUCUGCCUACCACUGGGGUGCAUGAUGCUGACCUGUCUGAUGAAUGCAGAUUGUGAAUUUCAAAAGGGAGUGCUUGCCAGCAUCAGCCCAGGAGUCAGGGAAGACCUGGACCGCCAGCGCUGGGACACUUGCUCUUUGACACUGGUAGAUCUCAGGGAACUCAAGAUAGAGCACAAUGUGGAUGCUUUAUGUAAUUUCAUGUUGUUCUUGCAAAAAUCCCAGUGGCCUAGACAGUAUAAUGUCUUCUUAAGCACAGCUCAGGAUUUCCGGAACAUUUAUGUCGACUGCUUGCUCUCAAGAUCUCAUGGAAGGGGCAGAGGAUGGGCGAAGCCUCUCAGGUAUAAUUUCCCACAGAAGAUAACAGGAGUAAUUUAA